GCUGCCGUUGCUAGGCGUUAGUACGUUCGGAGGAAGAGGAAUCCAAAAUCAAAAUAACAUAAAACAUAAAUAAUAAGCGUUUUAGCUUGAUUAUUCUCAAAUGACUGAAAUACAAUAUGAAGGGGCCGAGAUCUUGGCUCUACUACGACAUACAUAUGAGUAUGAGGAGCAGUCCCUGAGCACAGAAGAGCUUCAGUUCGAGCAACUCAAUGAGAGAAGCCAGCACCAGCAAGGCGGAUCUCCGUCCUUCGUCUGCAGACGCUGUCCAGCGCUAUUCCUCAGCAGGGAGGAGUUGGCCGCCCAUCGGCCCACCCACCGACUUCACGGUGGACAGCGGACCCCCGCGUCGGAGCAUGCCUGCGACGCGUGUGGAAGGGUCUUCCAAAAGCACAACGCCCUUGUGGAUCACAUGAAUGCCCACAACGACGUGCGGAACUAUCCCUGUCCCGAGUGUCCGGCGCGCUUUGUGCAGCGCAGCAAUAGGGAGUGUCAUCUGAAGAACGUGCAUCGGAAGGCGUACCUGCACUCCUGCCCAGAACCGGGCUGCGAGAAACGCUUCCAGCAGAGGCGGGAGCGGGGUCAGCAUGUGAAGACGGUCCACCAGAAGGAGCGAAACCUCGUUUGCGAUAGCUGCAGUGCCCGCUUCAGCCAUCCCGUAAAUUAUAGAAAGCACUUGGCGUCCCAUGGCUCCGCGAAGAGCUACGGCUGCCCGAUCUGUGGAAAGCUCUUCGGACGGCCCGAAAACAGGGAUGUUCAUCUCUUCGUCCAUAGUAUCUGUAAGGCCUAUAUAUGCUCCGUCUGCGGUGCAGGCUAUAUGCGACGCAAUCAGUUGAUACGCCAUGGCUUGGCCAGUGGCCACCACAACGAUCCGAUUGUCCGGCAAAAACCUCAGUUUAGUCCGGCCCUUGCUGCGAAGAAUCGAAGGCAGGGAAGCGCAGUAGACGAGUCCCAGGACAAGGAACUCCAAUGGCUGGAAGGAGUGGACGCCCUCGACAGCCCAGGAUACCUGGAGCAUUCACAAUUUUCGCACACCGGCAAGAUGGCUGCCAUAUUUGCAGAGGACGAAAACGAAAGCGAGUUAUUCAAUUGAAUAUGCAUUGAGUAAGAAGUACCACCAGCGUGGUAUUGACAAUCUAGGUGCUUAAUCAGCAUACUAAGUAGGAACAGGUUAGUUCGAAUGAAAAACGAAUGUAAUUGUAAAUAUGAAAACAUAAACAUUAGGGCAUAAUAAUUAGCAUUGUAUGUAGAUGUACAUACAAUGUAUCUCUUGUACUGAAAGAGUCGAAAACUGAACGAUUGAAUCUACAGACUUGGCUUAGGCAGAAAACGGCAUGAAUUGAUAACAUGCAAAAAUGAUUACCGCAUGCAAAACAUGAACCGGAGACGUCGGUCAAAAACUAACAACACAACAAAGAAAUGAAUGAAAAGUGAAUGUCGCUGCUGCUCUUGCACUUUAAUAAAAAAUGUGAAAUGAAA